AUGCUCAGUGAACACUCCUGGGAGGCUAUCGCCGCUGCGAAGAGGGAAGAGCUUCUCUCCUCCAUCCCGUCGGAAUGGAUUAUCCCUCAAGAUAUCUUCCCUCCGGAAUCCCAGGCCGAUGUGACUAGCUUCCCUGAGAAAUCGGAAUGGUUCACAGCAGAUGAGUUGGAGAUUACCAGCUCAACAGCUUCCGAAAUCCUACAGAAAACCGCAACGGGCGUCUGGAGUGCCGAAGCUGUAACUCGCGCAUUCUGUAAACGUGCGGCUGCCGCUCAUCAGCUGACGAACUGCCUCUCAGAAACCCUUUUCCCAGAGGCGUUGGAAAGCGCAAAAGCACUCGACACUCGCUUCGCUGCUACCGGCAAACCAGUCGGGCCUCUUCACGGCCUCCCAAUUUCCCUGAAAGACAACUUCAACAUUAUCGGCAAGGACUCGACAAUUGGCUUUACGGGCUGGGUCAACGACCCGGCCACGUACAAUAGCAUCAUGACGGAUCUGCUGCGUGAGGCGGGAGCGGUCCUGUAUGUCAAGACCAACGUCCCGACAGCAAUGAUGAUUGCCGAGACGGUAAAUAAUGUUUUUGGGCGCACAUUGAAUCCGCGCAAUCGCCUAUUGACCUCCGGCGGCUCAUCUGGGGGUGAGUCAGCGUUGAUUGCGUUUGGGGGCAGUCCGUUGGGUGUUGGGACGGAUAUUGGCGGCUCUCUCCGCAUCCCCGCCGCCUGCACAGGCAUCUUCACGCUGCGCCCCUCCUUCGGCCGCUUCCCCAACUUCCUCACCAAAUCCGGACUGGCGGGACAGGAGUCCGUCCUGAGCGUCAACGGACCCAUGGCUGCGACGCUAGAGUGCAUCAAACUCUUCGCAUCCACCGUUGCGAACAGUGAGCCCUGGGUCCGGGAUCCAAAAUGCAUUCCAAUCCCUUGGCGGACUGUAGAGCCCAAGCUGCGACUGAAACUAGCAGUGUUGUGGGAUGAUGGUCUCGUGCGGCCGACUCCACCUGUCCGAAGAGCACUGAAGGAAACAGUGGAGAAGUUGAGGAGUGCUGGACAUGAAAUUGUAGAUUGGGAGGCAGCCGGACACAAGGAAGGGGUUGAUAUCUUAGACCGCUUCUUUCUCUCCGACGGCGGAAAGACCGUGCGAGGAAUCCUUGCGACAUCCAAAGAGCCCAUUCGGCCUGAGAUGGACAGGUACGGCCAAGCCAAAGACGGCGGCGUUCAGGCACUGUGGCAGCUUCAUGUCGAGCGCAACAAGCUCCAGCAGCAGUACAUGGAGCGAUGGAAUGCAAUCGAGGGUCUUGAUGGGUUAUUAACCCCGACAACACCGUAUGCAACGGUCGAACACACGCGUUUCAAGCACGUCGGUUACACCGGCGUCUACAACAUCCUCGAUUAUUCGUGCCUAUCGUUCCCGUGCGGUGUCCACGUUGACGCCACCGUAGAUGUUCCCGCUGUCGAUGAGGUUGAACUCAGUAAAAUUGACGGCGAGGUGCAAAAGGAGUACAACCCCGCCGUCGUCCACGGGCAGCCUGUUAGUUUGCAGCUUGUAGGGCGCAGGCUAGAGGAGGAGAAGGUGGUGAUGAUGGGAGAAGUUAUUCUGAAGGCUCUCCAGGAAAAAAGUGCCGGGGGAUACGUUCCCGAAAUGCAAUGUGUGUAA